CGUAUAUCCGAUAUUGCAAUAAAUGAGCGGCAAUCAAUACCUGCAGUAGUAAUAAGAAAUGUUCCGUGGCGGUGUAAAUUGUUCAGAGUCGUCUACGGGCUUACCGCCCGUCCAUGGUCCAUGAUCUUGCGAUCCUGCAAUGAUGAAUUUUGCUCUCUCACCGGGCAAGCGCCUUGUGAUCGGAUAUGACAGCAAGUUUCAGAAAAGGCAGCAUGGUUCGCAAGAGGCCAACACAAUUUCUCCAACCGAGACGCCCAUGUAAACAAUGGUCCAAAAUGCACCGCCACAUUCCUCGCAGCGGUACAUAUCAUAUUCAGAGCCGAUCCGGCAUGCUUUGAAGCCAUGCUCGAAGAUUCCUUCAAAACCUUCGCCGUCAUGAUGUCGAAAGACCAGCCGCUCACCACGAUUGUAAAUGGGGGACAAUUAGCAACAAAUGCAGUUCCACGCAGCCGGUUACAAGAAUCAUGCAUCACACCAGCUGCGAUCAUUCCAGCCGAGGCGGCAACUUCGCAGCAAGCAGUUCGCGAGCUGCUCGAACAGUUCCGGCUCAAUGACGAUGUCUAUCAGGAUGCAUUUGGCGACCAGCUGAUCUUGCAGGUUACAUCGGCUUCAGAGAACAAUACCAGUUGUGGCAGCAAUGACGUCCUUACUCUCGAGGUUUUGCAAGACAUGCUCUCUGUCAGCUAUGUCCCUACAAACGCAGCAUUGCCACCGGGCCCGUACUUUCUGAUCGGAAGUCACAUUUAUCAAGCCUGGCGUUUAUACCCUGCUGACAAUAAUGCCUCUGCUGUAAUAUUCCAGCGGGAUGAAGUAGAUGGAACAUUCACAUGUUGGAGCCUAGACUUCACCAAUAAAGGCAACGAAUCGAGACAAAUUGCGGUCCCUAGUCGUCUCUAUCAUAGAAAGACAGUAUCCAAACCUCUCGCUGGCGUACGCGUAGUACUGGACCAGAAAUUUGCCGUCGCAGGCAUCAAGAUGGACUUCAAAGCCAGCGAUGAGAAUCAUAUAUCCCUGACUCCAAGGACGCACUCCGACUUUGUCAAAAAGCUGGUCGCUCACGGUGCAAUAAUCGUUGGCAUAACCGCUUCGAUUGUUUCGAUGGAUCACCGCAAAGCAUUCGAAAAUGAAGAGCAAUCGUUCACAGGAGACAGGUUCCAACUUUCUGAUGUGUUCUCACCCGUGGAUGGCGCUGGCGUAGCCAAAUCUAUCGCAAGCUACCCCUGGCUAGAUGUUGCCUUUGAUGUUGAUACUACCGGCGACCCCAACUCCAUGGGAUGGUCUCAUGAUGCUUUUGCCCUCCAAUCAUCAUGGGCUGCAACAUCAAUGACGGGUAUCUUCCCUCUCGCCUUCGCUUUUGAUACCAUUAAUAUAGCCAGCAGUGAUCUGUCGAAAUUGCAGUACAUAUCGAAAACGGUCUUGCAAUUCGAAGACAGCUCACGGUUUCCGAGAAAAAUCCUGUUUCCUACCGAUUUCUUCCCGAAACAUGAUCCGGCUACCCAAAAGGCAACAGAAAAUUUCGUGACAAUUCUUGAAAAGUUCCUUGGCGUUGAGAGGACUGCUAUUAGCUUCGCCGCGGAAUGGGAUGAGACCCGGCCAAAAGAAGCGCAUGGCAAAUCUCUGAGAGAAUAUGCGGAGGAUAGUACGACAUCGUCUUUGCGCUAUAGUCAUUACCAUGCCCACGACAAACACCCAGAUCACGAACAACGGACCUUAUAUCAAGAGCAAUUCCGAAGGGGAUACUACGAAGAUGCACAAAUCAUAUCGGCGAACGAGCAGGAUGAGGCCCUGGCUCUGAUCGACGUGCUCAUCAAAUGGUUCGACAAACACAUCGUGACCAUGGGCAGCGACCCCUUAUCCAACGCAAUCAUCGUCAUGCCCUAUGCCCCAUUGUCAACGAUACCUGACACCAUUUUCACUAACUCCGGAAUCAUGGGAACCAAGAACUUCGCGCGAAUCUUGCAGAUGCCUCAGCUGUUCGUUCCAUUCCAAUCGCAAAACGAGCUUUCACGCGGAGAUCGCCAGGUCACUGCAGCCUGUAGCAUCGUGGGGGCUAUAGGAAGUGACGUGAUGCUCAUCAAUCUUGUGCGAGAGGCACUGAAGUCUGCCAGGCUGCCAACAACGCUCGAGUCUGCAAACAGAUGAUAUAUGAGGCAACGCGAGAAAGGCUCCGCGUGUGUCUUACGAACCAUCAGAGUGGUGUUGGUGUGCCUUUGGCCUCCCUUUUAUUUGCGAUCUCGACGUGGUCAUAGUCCCUGUCAGCCC